CAAUGGAGGAUAGCAUAACAGAGACUGAACUCAAAACAGGAACUGAAGAUUUUAACCAAAUGGAUGAUGGUGAAGUCAUGAAACCAUCCACUGAACAAAGUAAACAAGAAGAAGAGGAAGAAGGGAGUAAGAGAAGUGGGGGUAUUGUAAACCAUCUUAUUUCUAACUUGGUUACUCCUUCUAGUCCAAGAUUACCAAGAGGAUUGAGUAACGGUUUUUCAGCAACAACUGAAGCUGAUUAUAAAGAAGAUGAAGAGAAUAAUAGUAGUGUAGAUGUUGAGAUGGGUGGUGGAAUUAUCAAUAAUUUCAUCUCAAAUAUCUUUCAGUCUAGUACUGCUGAGGGAGAUCAAGGAGAAAUGAAGGAGAAUCAUAACAAUAUUGAAGGAGUUACUGAUGUUGAAGAAAGAAAAGAUCAAGAGCAUAUGGAAGUCGAGGUGAGUGCUGGUAGUGGUGGUGGGAUCAUUAACAAUCUCAUAACCAAUUUGUUCCAUCAGAAUGAAAGUAAUGGCAGUCAGGAAGCUGGAGUAGGGAAGGAGAAAACGAGUGAAGCAGAAGGAGUGCAUGAUAAAGCUCUUAGCAGUGAAGGAAAUGGGGAACAUGUCAAGAUGGAAGAGGAAAAGAGUAAUGGUGGGAUCAUUAGCAAUCUUGUUUCCAACCUUGAAGAAAACUAUGACCCGGGAAAUGAUGAAGCCUCCAUUAUGAUUCACUCAAUCAUCCAUGACUAGAGAUGGAAAGAGUGACCGUAACUAGCCAAUCCACUGACAUGUCAAAAUACAACUCAAGAGAGACUGGGGAUUUGUUGUGUUACUCAUAUUUUUGGAUCAAUUUUUUGUGUAACGAUAUUUUUACAAUUUCUUGUUUUCUGUAAGUUUAUGGAGCUCAAGUUUGAAUGACAUUUUAAGCUGUUUUUUGA